AAAGAAAAAAAAAACUUUUUUGUAUCGAAGGAAUCAACAGCCGCCAUCUUGUCGUGGCUCGGAAUUGGGAUUUCGAUCCAACACUGGGUUUCGCGUAGAAAUACAGCAUCAUUACCUGGCUAUGACAGCGUCCUUCUGUCGAAAACGAAACCUUAACGUCGCUCCCGGAACAUUUUGUGCAAAAAAACUGGAAUCGGAACGGUGGUCGUCGGGCAGAAUUGCUCCGUAUAUCUGAUUUCCCCUUCAGAGUGCGGCGAUUCGAGCCCCCUGUCGCCCGUUCGGGAGCAGCAUUGUUUACCGUCGGCAAGCGGAGGACCAGGUCGCGGCUUUCGAGGAGGAUUUUUCACAAAAUUGCAUUUUUGUGCAAAUGUGCAUUUUUGCGGAGCUUCGCGCGAUUUUUGCAUGAAGAAAUUUGACGUCACGCAAAAUGGGUACUUUAAACAUUUAGAAAUUACGACUUUUUGCCCGGUAUGCAGCAAUCUACCUGAUUUAUCUGGAUUGACUCGUUGAAGCUCGAUUUUUACAUGGGGACUCUUUUAUUUUGGGUUAUUUAAUGGUAAUAAUGUGGGUGUUGGGUGUUGGAUUAUCAUGGGGUGAAUGGCGGUGGCGGAGCGGGGCGCUAUUGCAUCUCUUUUGAAAGACGUUGACUCUUAACAGCGAGGAGUAGCUAACAGUUACCAGAGCUGGUAGCAGGCAAUUAGCCAGUUAGCUAACUAAACUGCCAACUUGCUAAUGUGCUAACUGGGAAGGCUCCGGCUGAUAGAAAAAAACUUCCCUGUCAUAAGUUAGUGCAAAAAUAAAGAAGCCAGACAGACUCUGAAGGCAACUAUGGCUGAAAACCUGCUGGAUGUUGGACCUCCCAGCUCCAAGCGACCGAAACUAAAUUCACCUGCCCUAUCAGCGUCUGAUGGACAAGAUCUGGGGUCUUUGCCCUGGGAUGAUUUGGAAAACGACCUUCCAGAUGAGCUCAUCCCAAACGGAGGAGAGUUGAGCCAGUUAAGCGGGCUACCUUCAAAUGGCGGCGCAACACCUGGCGGCGGCGGCGGACCCGGCGGCACCGCAGGAGCUCUCGGCGGGGGCGCCUCCGUUGUCCCGGACGCAGCCUCCAAGCAUAAGCAGCUCUCGGAGCUUCUCCGAGCUGGCAGCACCUCCAGCAUCACGGGCACAGGGCUAAACUCGGCAAGCCCCCAGUCUGGCGGUAUGGCCCCGCAGCUCGGUACCCCCCUGGGCAAGAGCCCCCUCAGCCAGGGUUCUCCCAACAGCCACUCGUCGCCUCAGGGCCAGAAACCAGGAACGCCAACUGGAGUAGUAGGACAGAACAGCAACAACAACGCCGCAGCUAUGGGUCUGAGCGGAUCGGGGUUCAGCCAAGCUAUAAUCAACAGCAGCCCGGGUCACUCGGGACUGCUGGGUCAAGGAGGGCAACCUCAGCCCGGGCAGGUGAUGAACGGCGGCCUCGUACCCAGCGCCGGAAGGGGACGGGGUGCUGGAGUGGCGGGGAUGCAGUAUCAAGGACAGACGAUACCGGGAAGCGCUGCGGGACCGGGAGCAUCUGGGAGCGCGUUGGUAGAGACUCUUACCCAGGGAGGACAGCAGAUGGGAGCGCACGCCGCCCAGCAGGCGGGCAAUAUGAGCAAGAUGGGCCUGGGUAGCAAUGGAAGUCCGUUUGGGGCUCAGCCUUACGGUCAGGGUGCUGCUGGACCGGGCCAGCAGCUAAAUCCUCAGCAGCAGCUCCAGAACAAAGCUGCCCUUGCCAGCAGCCUCCCACCAUUCCCCAAUGAGCUCAAAGGGGCCGCUGUCGCUAGCGGGCCAAAUAUGCUCCAGCAGCCUCCUCAGCAGCAGGCGGGGAUGCUCCCGCUGGCCAGCAGCGGAGGCGUGGCGGUACCUUCGGCGGGGCCAACAGCUGACCCCGAGAAGCGCAAGCUGAUCCAGCAGCAGCUGGUCCUGCUGCUUCACGCACACAAGUGCCAGAGAAGAGAGCAGGCUAAUGGCGAGGUGAGGCAAUGCGCCCUGCCCCACUGCCGCACCAUGAAGAACGUCCUGAACCACAUGACCCACUGCCAGGCCGGCAAGUCCUGCCAAGUGGCUCACUGUGCGUCGUCCAGACAGAUCAUCUCCCAUUGGAAAAACUGCACACGACACGACUGUCCGGUCUGCCUCCCGCUGAAGAACGCCAGCGACAAGCGAACCCAGCAGCCUCUGCUGAGUUCCCCAAACACAGGCCUUCAGAAUCCCAUGUCUACCGUUGGCAUGGGCCAGCCCAGUGCUCCCACUAUCAAUACCUCAGCCCCCAUCGACCCCAGCUCCAUGCAGAGAGCCUACGCAGCGCUCGGUCUGCCCUACAGCAGCCAGGCCGCUGGACAAGCUGCAGCUCAGCAGGCCCCAGGACAAGCGGCCGGAGCCCAGAACUCGCAGGCCCAACAACAACAGCAGCUUCCUCAGCAGAUGAGACCCAUCAACACCAUCGGUGGCCAGAUGGCUCUUGGAGGUGGGACGAUGGGCGUGGCAUCUUCAGAACAGACCAACCUGCACACAGACUCCCUUUCCAACACACUCAACACUAACAAUCAGCUGCUGUCAGAUGGCUCCGCUGUGGGCCAGAUGGGCAGCCUGCCCACAGCAGCGCCCGUCUCUUCCGCAGGCGCCAGGAAGGCCUGGCACGAGCACGUCACUCAGGACCUGCGCAAUCACCUCGUACACAAACUGGUACAAGCCAUAUUCCCCACCCCUGACCCGGCUGCUCUGAAGGACAGGCGAAUGGAAAAUCUGGUGGCCUACGCCAGAAAAGUUGAGGGGGACAUGUAUGAGUCGGCGAACAGCCGGGACGAGUAUUAUCACUUCUUGGCUGAGAAAAUUUACAAAAUCCAGAAGGAACUGGAAGAGAAGAGACGUUCACGGCUCCAGAAGCAGAUAAUCAACCAAGCACCCAUAGCUGGGCAGGGGACGCAGCAACCGGGCCUUCCCCAGCCCAACGCAUUGGGCCCCAGGCCACAGAAUGGACCCAUUUCUCUCCCCAACAUGCCGAAUCAGAUCAUGAACCGUAUUCAGGUUCCUCAAGGUAUGAACCAGUUCAACCACAUGACUCUACCCAACGCCCAGACGUCGAUGGGACCCCGAGCAGCUUCCCCUAUGACACACCCACAGCAAAUGAACAUCAGCUCUGUCCCAGCGGUGGGGAUGUCUCCCUCCAGGAUGCCCCAGGCACAGGGCAUUAUGCCUGGACACAGCAACAUGGUGGGCCAGACGCCCAGUCAGGGACAGUUCCUGCCUCAGACCCAUUUCUCGCCCGGAUCUGGUGCCGUUUCUGUGUCCAGUGCCAUGAACGUUACCGUGGGUCCGGGCAUGGGCCAGCCUCCAGCGCAGGCUCCCGUCACUCAGCAGCAGCAGCAACCGAACGCUAACCUCCCCAUGAACUCACUGGGCCCCCCACUGGGCCCUCAGCUAGCUUCCUCCCAAACCCCCUUGCACUCCACGCCUCCGCCCGCCGCUUCCUCGGCCUCCGCGGCUGGGGCGGCCACUAACAUGCCGCACCCCCAGUCCUCCAGCCGCAGCUCCACUCCCACCCUUCCCGGCCCCGCUUCGGCCCCAGCCCAGGGGGCCGCCCCACCCUGCCCCUCUCAGCCCCAAACCCAGGCGGAGCUCCCUGCGGCGGGACAGACGCAGCCCCCGCCUCAGCCCCCUACCACGCCGCUCUCUCAGCCGGGGGCCAGUUUGGAUAACAGAGUGCCCACGCCUGCCUCCGCCGCCAGCGCUGACCUGCACUCACAGCACGUCGGAGCCGACCUGCCCGCCCAGGACCUCAAAGCAGAAACGCAAACAGACCAACAGGAGUUUGAAGCUGCUGGUGGGAAAAUUGAACCCAAGACAGAGGUUGAGAACGACUCUGGCUCAGCUUCAGUGAAAAAGGAGGAGCCUGAGGAAAAGCCAGAGCCAAUGGAGGUGGAGGAGAAAAAACCGGAAAUGAAGACGGAACCCAAAGAGGAGGAGGAGAACGGGACCAAUGGCACGACCUCCUCGUCUCCUUCCCAGUCACGGCGGAAAAUAUUCAAGCCUGAGGAGCUGCGGCAGGCUCUGAUGCCGACUCUGGAGUCUCUGUACCGGCAGGACCCGGAGUCGCUGCCGUUCAGACAGCCAGUAGACCCCAUGCUCCUCGGGAUCCCGGACUACUUCGACAUAGUUAAGAACCCCAUAGAUCUGUCCACGAUAAAGCGCAAGCUUGACACGGGACAGUACCAAGAGCCCUGGCAGUAUGUGGACGACGUGUGGCUGAUGUUCAACAACGCCUGGCUUUACAACCGCAAGACGUCCCGCGUCUACAAGUACUGCUCUAAGCUGGCGGAGGUUUUCGAGUCCGAGAUCGACCCCGUCAUGCAGGGUCUGGGAUACUGCUGCGGGAGGAAGUACGAGUUCUCCCCUCAAACUCUCUGUUGCUAUGGCAAGCAGCUCUGCACCAUACCUACCGGCGGCACCUACUACAGCUACCAAAACAGGUAUCAUUUCUGUGAAAAAUGCUUCAACGAGAUCCAGGGAGACAGCGUGACGUUAGGAGACGAUCCCGCACAGCCGCAGACGAUGAUAUCAAAAGACCAGUUUGAACGCAGGAAGAAUGAUGUUCUUGACCCUGAACCAUUUGUUGAAUGUAAAGACUGUGGACGCAAAAUGCACCAGAUCUGUGUUUUACACUACGAGGUUAUUUGGCCAUCAGGAUUCAUCUGUGACAACUGUUUGAAGAAAAGUGCAAAAUCACGGAAAGAGAACAAGUUCACUGCUAAAAGGUUACAGUCCACCCGACUGGGAAUGUACAUAGAGGACCGUGUGAAUAAAUACUUGAAGAGGCAGAACCAUCCGGAGGCCGGGGAAGUGUUCGUGCGAGUGGUAGCGAGCUCCGACAAAACGGUGGAAGUUAAACCCGGCAUGAAAGCCAGGUUCGUGGACACGGGUGAGAUGCCCGACACCUUUCCCUACAGAACCAAAGCACUUUUUGCAUUUGAGGAGAUCGAUGGUGUGGAUGUUUGCUUCUUCGGCAUGCACGUGCAGGAGUACGGCUCCGAGUGCCCAUUUCCUAACACUAGACGGGUCUACAUAUCAUACCUCGACAGUAUUCACUUCUUCCGACCCAGAGUUCUACGAACAGCAGUGUACCAUGAAAUUCUCAUUGGCUACCUUGAGUAUGUCAAAAAACUUGGUUACACGCAGGGCCACAUCUGGGCGUGUCCGCCCAGCGAGGGAGACGACUACAUCUUCCACUGCCAUCCUCCAGAGCAGAAGAUCCCCAAACCCAAGAGACUGCAGGAGUGGUACAGGAAAAUGCUGGACAAAGCUUUUGCUGAGAGGAUCUUGCAUGACUACAAGGACAUCUUCAAACAGGCGACUGAGGACCGGCUGACCAGCGCCAACGAGCUGCCGUACUUCGAAGGCGACUUCUGGCCCAACGUGUUGGAGGAGAGCAUCAAGGAGCUGGAGCAGGAGGAAGAGGAGAGGAAGAAAGAGGAAACCACCGCGGCCACAGAAACUCCAGAGGGAACCCCGAGUGACAGCAAAAACGCCAAGAAGAAGAACAACAAGAAGACGAAUAAAAACAAGAGCAGCGUGAGCCGAGCCAACAAGAAGAAGCCCGGGAUGCCGAACGUGGCGAACGAUCUGUCCCAGAAGCUGUACGCCACCAUGGAGAAGCACAAAGAGGUGUUCUUUGUGAUCCAUCUUCACUCUGGGCCCCUGGCCAACACCUUGCCGCCCAUCGUCGACCCGGACCCCCUGAUCUCCUGCGACCUGAUGGAUGGCCGGGACGCCUUCCUGACCUUGGCGAGGGACAAGCACUGGGAGUUCAGCUCCCUGAGGAGGUGCAAGUGGAGCACCAUGUGCAUGCUGGUGGAGCUGCACAACCAGGGACAGGAUCGCUUCGUCUACACUUGCAACGAGUGCAAACACCACGUGGAGACGCGCUGGCACUGCACCGUGUGUGAGGACUUUGAUCUGUGCAUCAGUUGCUACAACACGAAGGGCCACGAGCACCAGAUGGUGAAGUGGGGCCUCGGCCUGGACGACGACAACAACAGCCAAAGCGGCGAAGCCUCCAAAAGCCCGCAGGAGAGUCGGCGUCUGAGCAUCCAGCGCUGCAUCCAGUCUCUGGUCCACGCGUGUCAGUGCCGCAACGCCAACUGCUCUCUGCCGUCCUGCCAGAAGAUGAAGAGGGUGGUGCAGCACACCAAGGGCUGCAAGCGCAAAACCAACGGGGGCUGCCCGGUGUGCAAGCAGCUCAUCGCAUUAUGCUGCUACCACGCCAAGCAUUGCCAGGAGAACAAGUGUCCGGUCCCGUUCUGCCUGAACAUCAAGCACAAGCUCCGACAGCAGCAGCUGCAGCACCGGCUGCAGCAGGCGCAGUUGAUGAGGAGGAGAAUGGCCACCAUGCAGGGCCGGACCAUGCCGCUGCCGUCCCCGCCCGCCGCCGCUGCGCCCAGCACUCCCACGUCCCACGCCCAGCCUAGCACUCCUCAGACGCCACAGCAGCCGCUGUCCAACCAGCCGCCGACACCCAACUCGGCGGGUGUCAUGUCUCCCGCCUAUCCCGGCGUGCCGCGAGCGGGCCCGCCGCAGGCGACCGUGUCGCAGGGCAAGCCGGGCCCCCACGCCUCGCCCCUGCACCAGCAGCAGUCUCCUCUCCCGCAGCCGCCUCAGCAGCGCCAGCAGCAGGCUCCUCUUGCCGCCAUCAAGAUGGCGCACCACAUAGAGAUGAUGGCGCAGGCGCAGCAGAACCAGCAGAACUACCGGGUCAACAUGAAUGGCUUGCCCAUGACCCCCCAGCAGACGCAGCAGCGCAUGGCUCAAACCAUGCAGAUGGUGGCGGGGCCCCGCGGCCCCCAGGUCAUGCAGCAGCCCACUUUGGGGCAGUGGCCCGCAGCCGCCGGCCCCAUGCCAGCUCAGAACCAACAGCCAGGUGUGGUUCCGAACCAGAACACGCCGCAGCAGGCCUUGAGCAUCCAGCGAGCCAUGAUGGCGCCCGGGCAACAGAGUCAGCAGAGGAUGCUGAUGCCGCAGCAACCAGGUCCGCGGCCGCAAACCCCCCAGAGAACAGGCACCAUACCCCCGAACGCCCUUCAGGACCUCCUGCGCACCUUGAAGUCCCCGAGCUCCCCGCAGCAGCAGCAGCAGGUCCUCAACAUCCUGAAGUCCAACCCGCAGCUAAUGGCAGCUUUCAUCAAACAGCGGACAGCCAAGUACCAUGCGAGCCAGCCGCAGCAGCAGCCGCAGCCGCAGGCUGGGCAGCCACAGCAGCAGCAGCAACCUGGCAUGCCAACGAUGCAGACCAUGGCCAUGCAAGGUGGGCCGGUGCAGAGGGCAGCGAUGCCCGCUCAGCAGCCGCAGCAGGCUCCGGUGCAGGGCAUGGCCCAGCUGGGCGCAGGGCAGCUGAUGAACGCCGCUCACAGCGCCAACCCGCAGAUCCAGGAGCUCUACCGCCGGCAGCUAUUGCGACAACAGCAGCAGCAACAGCAGCAGCAGCAGCAGCAGCAACAACAACAACAGCCGCAGCAGCAAGGGGUGAUGCCGCAGGGUCACCUCAGUCAGUUUCCCAAUCAGCCGCAGGGAACUCCUGCGAUGUACUCCCACAUCCGCAUGCAGCAGCAGCAGAUAGCCAUGCAGCAGGCGGGCGCUGCUGGGGCGGGGGCCGUAACUAUGGGUCAGCUCCCACCGAUGGCCCAGAUGGCCCAGCCCGGGAUGAGCAUGGACUCCACUCAGAGCCUGCUGCAUCAGCGCAUGCAGCAGCAACAGCAGGCGCAGCUCCCCCAGCAGCAGCAGGCCGUCCUCAAGCAGCAGAUGGGCUCCCCGGCCCACCCAAGCCCCAUGAGCCCCCAGACCCACCUGCUGGCCGGCCAAGCUCAGGGCAACGCCCACCUCUCUGCCCAGCCGGGAUUGGCCAACGCCCUCGGCAACCAGGUCCGCUCCCCUGCGCCUGUCCAGUCGCCUGCGCAGCAGCAACAGCCGCCGCCACAUUCCAGCCCCUCGCCGCAAGUCCAAAACCAACCGCAACCCUCACCGCAGCACCCGGCCCUGCCACACUCGGGGUCGCCCCACCCGGUGCUGGGCGGCCCGCUUCAGUCGCUGGAGCAGGGACACCUGGGGACGCCGGAGCAAAGCGCCAUGCUGCCGCAGCUCAAUACGCCCAACAGGGGGGCACUGAACAGCGAUUUGGGGCUGGUGGGGGACGCCACGGGGGACACGCUGGAGAGGUUUGUGGAGGGGUUGUAGCAUUUUGUAACUGGGAGCAAAAAAGAACUCUUUUCUCUCCCAGUGCCCCUCACUUCUACUCCCUAGUUUCCCCCUCGGACUCUUCACCCCACCUGA